AUGUCCCACCUGCAACAGGAGUCACACCCUGGACACGAGCUGUCAACCUAUGAAGAAUUACCAGUAUACAAUUACUCGACAGAAAUCGAAGAACUCUCAAUGGCUGUAGAGAUAUCGAAAUAUAAAGAGCCGUCAGUACCCGAAGAGCUGUCAGUAUAUAAGCCCUUGCCAGUCAACCAAGUGCUGCCGGUAUCCGAAGAGGCACUUCCACCUCCGCCACCUCUUUGGACCCUGAGAGUGCUGUAUCUUUGCGGCAUCCUAGCCGUGAUCGGAGUUGCCCUUAUGCUAUUCGAGAUCGCCUUGGGUAUGUUUCCUAUUAUGAUACACGUUAUCAGAAGUCUUUUCGGUGAAAGUACCUGCGAUGGCUAUACUGCAAAUGAAUGGUACAAGGGUGGCUAUGAUGUUGUUUAUAAUGAAGCUCUUGCCACUGCUUCAAACAACAAGUAUGCCACGAUCAAGAGGCGUCAUAAAUCCGAUACUCCAACAAUAGUCGAGAUCCCAGGCCUCCCCGCGACAGUCCCCGUUUCUGCAAGAUGCGAAACCCCCGAGAACAAACUUCAUACUCAGGAUCAGGGAGAGGAGGUUUCACCGACAACUGUCGUGGGUACCACAGAUAUCAUGGCCAAAGAUAGCAUUCUCGAGGAAAGCGGGCUGACAGAAAAUGAACUUCAGCUCGAGGGACGAGAAGAUAUAAACCCCCAAGAGAAGAAAGAAGAGGGUCUCCCACCGCCAUACGCAAGAGUUUGUGAAGUGAACAAAACAUGCCCAUUGGGAUAUAGAUGCCUCGACGCCACAUGCGUCCGGGGCUGCGACAGCACAGAUGACUGCCCGGACGGAUACCACUGCAAGUAUGGCCGAUAUGGAUAUCGAUGCUUUGAGAAGAUGGGUCGACAUCGGGAAUGUAUGGAACACGGGCAUUUCUGUCGUCGGAAUCUGGAGUGCUGUACUGGUUACUGUAGAAGACGGGCCAAGGGGGGUGAUUUCUUGUGCACGCCUAAGCCUGGGGGUGUGGAUGGACAUGCUGAUGGGUUUGAAAAGUAG